AGAGUGUGAGGGAGAGUGUGGCGGCGCGCGCGGUGAGUAGCCUGCCUAGCCAGCGCGUGUGAAUGUGUGUGAGACCCCAGCCAUCCCUCUGCGGCGGCCGACAGGUGGAGAUGACAUGACUGCACUGGAGAGGAAGAAAUGCAAAGACCUACGCGGUCAGCAAGUUUUCCUGCGUCCAGAGGAGGGUUCAGCCCCCACCAGACUGUCCGCAGCGCCGUCAGACCAGCUCCAGGAUGCUUUACUGCGGCUGGCGGCGGUGGUGGAUGUGCGGUCACUUCGGGGCGCACUACGAGACAGUGUCCAGGAGCUGCUGCCCUCUACGGAGUGUGUCUGCGUGUACCUGCUGGAGGGAGAAGUGCGCUUGCUGUGUGAUGACCCUCCACAUGAACUGCCACCGGAGGGCAAGAUCAGGAAUAUCGCAGACGAGCUGAAGAGAUGUCAAUGUGCCGGACUGCCUCCACCAGAACUGCCAGAAAAAUACAGGACGCAUUUGGCGGCGCCGCUACCAUCACACAGAAGAGCUGUUGUCAUUCCACUUCUGAACCCAGAGAGGAACAAGGCCAUCGCUGUCUUACUUGUCGCCUGUAAUCCUCUGAGUGACCAGGAUGAAGUGCAUCUCAACACACUGGAAAGACAUGCAUCAGUGGCGUGUGGGCGUGUCCAAGCCAUCCAGGUGUCUUAUCAGAGGCCUCCACUCAGCCCGUCGCCGUUACAGUCCCACAAUGCACUGCUGCACCUCAACGUUUCUGAGCAGGACUACUGCGAGCUGGACCGCAACAUUCUACAGCUCUGUGGUGAGCUCUUUGACCUUGAUGCAGCAUCACUGCAGCUCAAAGUCAUCCAUUAUUUGCAGGAGCAGACCAAGUCGCAGUGCUGCUGUCUGUUACUGGUAUCGGAGGACAACCACCAGCUCUUCUGCCAGGUAGUAGGAGACAAGGUCCUGGAGGAGGAGAUCAGCUUCCCACUUAUGUUUGGGAGGUUUGGUCAAGUCGUGGAAAAGAAGAAGUCGAUUUCCCUUCAAGACAUCAGUGCCGAGGAGCGGAGGCAGCUGUCCAGUAUGCUGGGCUGUGAGAUCUCAUCCAUGCUGUGUGUGCCUGUCGUCAGCAGAGCCACAGGUCAGGUGGUGGCUCUAGCCUGCGCCUUCAACAAGCAAGGAGGGAAAAGACACACAGAGGCCGAUGAGCAUGCCAUCCAGCACUGCUUCUGCUACACGUCCACCGUCCUCACCUCAACUUUAGCCUUUCAGAAAGAACAGAAGCUCAAAGUCGAAUGCCAGGCUCUGCUACAAGUGGCCAAGAACCUCUUCACACACUUGGAUGACGUCUCGGUGCUGUUACAGGAAAUUAUAGUGGAGGCCAGGAACCUGAGUGGAGCAGAGAUCUGUUCGGUGUUCCUCCUGGAUCGUCUGAGCCAUGAGCUGGUGGCAAAGGUGUUUGAUGGAGGUGUGGUCAGUGAUGAAGAGAAAGAGUUUCGUAUCCCGGCAGACCAGGGCAUCGCGGGUCAUGUGGCAACAACUGGUCAGAUCCUUAAUAUUAAAGAUGCUUACUCACACCCGCUCUUUUAUCGCGGUGUGGAUGACAGCACGGGCUUCAGGACGCGGAACAUCCUUUGCUUUCCCAUCAAAGACGAGAACGAUGAGGUGAUUGGUGUGGCUGAGCUGGUGAAUAAAAUGAACGGACCUUGGUUUAAUCGCUUUGAUGAGGACCUAGCGACAGCUUUCUCCAUCUACUGUGGUAUAAGUAUUGCCCAUUCUCUCCUCUACAAGAAAGUCCAUGAGGCCCAGUUCAGGUCUCAUCUGGCCAAUGAGAUGAUGAUGUACCAUAUGAAGGUCUCGGAGGAAGAGGUGUCCAAGUUGCUGGUUGCAGGGAUCGAUCCAGUCAAGGAGAUCCACUCGUGCUUUGCUGAGUUCACAUACACCCCACGCUCUCUCCAUGAUGACAUAACACCCAUGUGUGUCCUCAGUAUGUUUGAGGACAUGGGCUUCAUCAACAGAUAUAAGAUUGACAUGCAUACUCUUGCUAGGUUCUGUUUGAUGGUGAAGAAAGGUUACCGAGACCCUCCUUACCACAACUGGAUGCAUGCCUUCUCAGUUUCACACUUCUGCUACCUUAUGUAUAAAAACCUGAUGCUGUCCAACUACCUCGAGGACAUUGAGAUAUUAGCUCUCUUUGUCUCCUGUUUGUGCCAUGACCUGGACCACCGCGGCACUAACAACUCUUUCCAAGUCGCCUCUCAAUCUGUCCUUGCUGCUCUCUACAGCUCGGAGGGAUCGGUCAUGGAGAGACACCACUUUGCCCAGGCCAUCGCCAUUUUAAAUACUCAAGGCUGCAACAUCUUUGAGAAGUUUUCCCGAAAGGACUACCAACGCAUGCUGGAUUUGAUGAGAGAUAUCAUCUUGGCUACUGACUUGGCUCACCACCUUCGCAUUUUCAAAGAUUUGCAGAAGAUGGCAGACAAUGGAUAUAACCCAAAAAGCCGUACACACCACUCACUGCUGCUGUGCCUGUUGAUGACGUCAUGUGACCUGUCAGACCAAACCAAGGGCUGGAAAACUACACGCAAGAUCGCUGAGCUGAUCUACAAGGAAUUCUUUUCUCAAGGAGAUCUGGAAAAAGCCAUGGGGAACAGACCCAGUGAGAUGAUGGACCGAGAGAAGGCCUACAUCCCCGAGCUCCAGAUCAGCUUUAUGGAACAUAUUGCCAUGCCCAUCUAUAAGUUGUUGUCGGAGCUGUUACCUGGUGCCACUGAGCUGUUCGAGCGAGUGUCUGCAAACAAGGAGCAGUGGACCAAAGUGUCGCACAAGUUCACUAUUCGCGGGUUACCAAGCAACAACAGCCUGGACUUUCUGGACCAGGAGUACGAGCUGCUGCAGGCCCAGGGCGCCUUUGGGAGUGACCACUGCCUCAACGGUUGCCUUGAUGAUGCGGACGGGGGGCAGUGCCAGUGACAUCAACGACCCCACCGCUGACGGUUUCCUGAAGAUUUGACAUGGCCUAAUACGAGGCAGUGUGCACGUUUUUAGGGACCUUAGGAGGGAGGGGUCUCUGUGCUGUUACUUAGAUGCUUUAGCAGGCCAUGCAGGCACGCAGGACUGAGUUUCACACUAAAGAAGUCGAGACAAGUGGAUUCAUCCCAGCUGGUUCAGUAGAUGCCACACAUUGUCUGUCUUUCCCCACGUCCAGGAAUAUAGGAGCUAGUGACUUGUUCCUUAUCAGCAGCAGCUAUAAUGGGAAAAAGUUUGUACUAAACGUCUUGUACUACUGAUCCUGUUUGAAGAUUGUAAAAACACACACUGACACACAAACGCACACAGUGUUUAAAGAUGCUCACAACAGAUUCAAAAGACUACUAUUUCAAAUGUAACAGUAAGUGAGACUAAGUGCUAUACUUUCUGUAAAUGUUUUCUAACUGUAGCUUUUAUUGGUUUCUAUGGCUUAGCUUUGUUCACAUCAAGGCAGCUCUCAAACACUGCUGCUGUUACAGUCCCCUCACCAGAUACUUACAGAUGCAUGCCAACCAACUCAUCAUAUUUUAUUCUUUUGAUCUAGGUCAGUGUUCUCAAGGUUUAGAAAUGAUCACAGUUCGUUUUAUACCAUAUGCUAUUUUGUAUUUAGCUUUUGGGACAUGUUGACCUACCUUGGUUUUACCUAGAUUACAUUCAUGCCAUUAUCUGUCCUGUUUUGGGUAGGGACAAUUUGACAAUCACAGCCCACGAUACACAUAAAACCUUACUAAAUCGCACAUUACAUACUGGGGCAUCCUGCAGCACCCUUUGUCAUUGUUUGUGUGGUCAUCCCAAUACCCAACACCCGGUAAAUGAUUCCACUAAGCUAAUUUUGAGUAUAAUUUUGCUAGAAGAGCAACGGAAGCCCUUUAAAUAUCCAUCUCAUUUGUUUGUGUCAAUGUAGACUAUAGACUGUGUUAUAAAUACAAGUGUGUCUCUGAGUGUGUUCUAUGCCUUAUUGCGCAUCUCUGCUGCCUUUCUUAGAGCUUUUAAUAUAUUCAAAUGAACUACAGAGCCUGUCCGGAGUGUAUGCUGUGACAUAGUGUGAGUGGAGACUGAAUGACCGCCAUGCUCAGAACAUGUAUAUUUGUGAAUUAACUGUGUGAAGAUGUCACUAUACACAUUGUAAUUUUGGUUAUACAUAGUGUACAUUAGAAAGCUCUGCGACAAUAGUAUUUUGUCAGAUCCAGUUUAUGAAUCUAGAGAUAGCCAUUUUAGACCACAACAUAUUAUUCAGUUUCAUUUUAUCUUUCAUGGAAUGUGGGCAACAGUGAAAUGAUGAUGCAUUGUUUUUAUGUAGGCUGUGUGACUACAUCAGUAUGUGGGUGUUAAAAAGCAAGAAAGACUGACUGCAAGUUUAUUUAAUGAUUUCUAACCAGUUUCUUUACCCUUAUAUGCAGACAUGAUAACAGUUUGAAUUGAAAAUAUUAUAAAUGAAGAUUAUAUAACUUAUUAUGUGAUUUUGUACUGUCAAGUUCUAAGGGCAUAUAGAUACACAUAGGAGUGUCUCACACAUGAACAGGUAGUUUUUGCAGUAUUGUUUGAAACCACUCUUUCACUAUUACCUGCCUUUUUUAUGUGCAAUAUGAAGUGUCUGCCUCUGUAAUAUUGCCUAGAUGACUAUGUAAAUACCUAUGCCUCUUCUUAAAUGACUGUACUAACAGGUAUGUGUUUCCCAAAGGCAUUGAGGUGACACAGUGAGGCGCUUCUAUUGAAAGACUUAAAGGACUGUGAUAUGCUGUUCAGAUAUAAAUCUUAUUUUUGUUUUUUUUGUUUUUCUUCUAUAGGCUAUUGUGUGUCUGUUCUUGUUCCAAUGUCAGGGUUUUAUGUGCCAAGCAAACAUUUAUGUAUUACUUCCUGGCUCAGUUGCAAAGGCAAACCAAGGCAAACCUUUUUGUUCUCUGAAAUAUAAAUUAUGUUUUCAUAUUGAAAUUUUGCGAUAUAAGCAGUGUGAAAAAUGCUGCUAAUCCAGGUAGUAUAUCCAAUCAAGGCUUUUUAAACAGAUGGACCUGUUUCAAGUGACAAAAUAUAAUUACUGUACAUAAAAAUUUUUCAAAGAUGUUACUUAAUUGUCUGUAGUUAUUGCAAUGGGAGGUCUCCAAUUCUGUAUUGUACUACAGUUGUUUCAUCCUUUUCACCUUUUUCAUGCCAUUUUGAAGAACCACAAGCUUAGAUUGUCUGAAAUAUAGAAUUAAAAAGCCCAAUAUGUCUAUUUAGGAUUUACAUGUUCAACAAAUAUUCAUAUAAUUAUAUUAUAUAAAUUAUUAUAUUAAGAAAUACACUUUAGCUAUUAUUUUAUUUUGGUUUAGUUUGAUUGUUGAUAACCUUUAUGCUGAACAAGAAUUUUGAGAAGAUUACUGAAUGAGACUUUUGUUUUGGUUUUGUUGCUUUCUUGAAAUAAAUAUGGUGGAAGCCUUGUUCAUCUG